GUUGAACAUAACUUGUCAUCCUCGCGUGAGCGUGUUGCUGAUGCGCCUCCAGUUCCAUCUGAGCCAGAUGAGUCAACCAAAGCCAAACACAAGUUGACUCAUGAGCCGUACGCACCAUGGUGCCCAGUUUGCGUCGUUCAUAGAGCCCGCCAGGAUGCCCACGCAGCACAAGCCCAUACAUCAUCCCCUGCAAAUAUUGUGAGCUGGGUCUUUGGUUUCCUGAGCCGAAAGGAUGAUGACGCAGCCAAGCUCACCGUGUUGUUUGGGAUUGACAGGGGAACUCAUGCUGUGUGUGCCACUCCAACGAGUAGGAAGGGCGGCCCUGCCACUAGCUACAUGGUCAGCGAAGCGGCCAGAUUCGUGUGCUGGCUUGGAUACCCGACUGUGAAGUUGCGCAGUGAUUGUGAGCCAGCGAUUAUGGCAGUCAUUCAUCACCUGCAGAAAGCCCUGAGAGGUGCUGCAGAGCAAGCGUUGCAGCAAAUCAGGCAGCUGGCGUGUGUGUACAUUGCGCAAAUGGAAAUCAACAGCGGUGUUGCUGAAAUUUUCUUGGCCAAUCAUCCCAUCUUUGGUUUCGCAGUUGCGCAUGCAGCCUGGGUGAUGAACCGUUUCCGGGUGUCUCAGAAUGCCACGCCAUUUGAGCAGGUCACCUCAUCAGCCUACUUUGGAAAGGUAGCUAUGUUUGCUGAACAGGUCGUGGGCUACUUGCAAACUGAGGCCAAGGGAUCAGCAAGGUGGAUCAAGGCAGUGUGGCUAGGCCAGGCAGCAGGUGAAGGCGUAGGAACUCCUGAUGAGGCAACGACUGAUCCACCCGGGUCAAGUGCCAAUGCAAGCCGGCGCAACAGCGAUGUGAGCAUGGGCAGCUUUGUGUCGGCGCAGGACAUUGCAGGUGCGUCCUCUUCCAACAUGAAUGUACAGGUCGGCCAUGAGGAUGAAAGCCCAGAAAUUUGCAUCAGUGAGGAUGUUUUGGAUGAGCUUGAAGAGGAAGAACUUCUUGAUUCAGGGCACGACUAUGAGCCUGAAGGCUUGAGUGAGAUGGAGGAGAAGCUCAAGUUGCCACGCGAUAGUGAGGAUCCUCCUCAUCUGAAGCCAGCAGACCUGUCAUCCCUUGAUGCCUUGGCCGAAGUUGUGGAGAUAGAGCGGCUUAAGAAGCUAGGCGUCCUCCUUGACAGUGUUAUGCAACUUCAUGUAGAUGACAUUCUUGGCAGCGCAACUCGCAAGUAUACGCAUGAAGCCUUGAAGCCAACACUGGAGUCCAGAUAUAAGAUUAAGUUUGAGGUUUUGAGUGAGCCAGGCGAUGUGAUUUGGUUCCUCAAGCGUAAGCUGCGUUUGAUCAGUGCUGACCAGCUUCGCGUGACGCCUCAUCCGAAGUACGUUGAGCGCUUGGUUGAUCUUUUGAAGGUCAAUGGUCCUGGGAGGAAGAAGACCCCAUUGCUUGCCGAGUUGGAGAAAGUAAGCGCUGACAGCAGCCAGAGUUUGGGCGAGCCACAGGCCAAGAUUUUCAGGCAAUGUGUUGGCAUACUCUUGUAUGUUGCUUCUCAUUAUGUGGACUGUCAGUACACAAUAGGUUUGCUGGCAAGCAAGAUGAGCAGCCCCAAUCAGACGGCCAUGAAAGUGCUCAGGCACUUGGUUUCACACAUGCAGGGCAGAGUGUCGGAGGGCAUCCUGAUCUCAAACAGAGGUCGCCGCGCAGGGUUGCUGGGCAACUCCACGGAUCCUGAAGCAUGGAUUGAAUCCUUUAGUGACUCCAAUUGGGCGGCAGACCAGGUGACGAGGAAGAGCGCCAGCGCAGGAUGCAUAUGCGUGUUGUGCAAUGUUCUGCAUACUUCUUCACGUAGCCAGCGUGAGAUUGUCCUCAGCUCUGGAGACGCUGAGCUUCUUGCGUCAGCCGGAGUGCUAUGUGAUUGCAUGCUUGUUCGAACUUGCGUGUGUUUUGCAUUUUACCUGGAUGCGCCUCCACCUAUCACACAUCAUGUGGACAGCGCUGCAGCACUAGGUGCGUUGAGGAGGCAAGGUGUUGGUAAGAUCCGGCGUUUGUCCACACGCAUUUUGUGGCAGCAAUCUGCUGUGAAGUCAGGCAUCGUCAUUCCUGAAAAGAUUGGUACUGAUUGGAAUGUUGCCGAUUUGGGUGCCAAGGGCCUCUCACGUGCCAGAACGUUGUUCCUCAAGUGCCUUUUGCACGUGUACGACAGCGAGGAAGGUGCCUAUGUUGGGGAAGAUGAGUAUGCGUCUCAAUUGCAGUGUGCCUUGUUGAAGUCAGCAGUGCGGCAGCUGAGGCAGGUAGGUGCCGCAGCCAGCAAGCAGAUGAUCAGGCAGGUGGUUGUGGCAGCUUUGUUGUCGACGCCUGUGUUGGGUGCUGGCAGUGUGACAGACGCCUUGAGCUUUUCGCCCGGCAUGGUAUGA